AAUGACUCCUUUUUGAAGGAAUGUAUAUUGUUAUAAGUCAAAAGGAAUGGUUCAGAGGGCCUCAGAUUGUACUACGUGAAGCGAAACUGUGUGAAAGCGUGUGUGAAGUCCUUAACAAAGUAACAAAAAUGAUUCAGUUGCGAAACGUUUUCCCUCGGUUUUUCUUGGCUACUCGACUCGUUUCGUCCACAACUGGCCCUCAUAGCUUCAGAAAUGCUGCUGUCAUUUCAGCGACAAGUCGGAUACAAAAGAUUUUAAGUAGGUCAAGACCGCCUCUUGGGGAGGACGUCUGCCCAAUUUCAAGGCUACCGGCUGCUGUCAACCAUGGCCCUUCUGCAACUCGAUAUUUCUCGUCAGAGAAAAAUCUAGAUGAUGCUGAAAUUAAGAGAAAAGUAGAAGAUAUUUCGGGAAAGUUCAAGGAGGCUAUGGACCUACUAGAUGACGCGCGAGGCUCUAUGGGUACAGUUUAUUUCUCUGAAGAUAUGACUGAUGCUGAAAAUGCAAUUGAGGAAGUUCUAUCAGAUUAUGACACUCUAAUGAAGGAAAUGAAUGAGGAUCAGAGACGAAACGUUGUCAGGACCAUUGGUCUAAAAAUUGAAGAGCUGAAGGCCCAGGUACAAAUGUUAAAAGAUUCAUUGAAAGAAUAAAACUUGUAUUUUUUUCAUAA